UGUUCCAUAUCGCGGUAGAAUUUAUGUAUAAAGAAUAGACAAGUGUUCAAACUAGUUUUGAAUUUUUGAUAUGAAAAAUGUUAAGGAUAGUCACGGUGCUUUUACUUCUUAUGCUGUUUUUAUCGUUCAGAAAGCAUGGAUGUUUAGAAGUUGCAGGUACUAAGAUGACAGAUAUUGCAUGUAAUGAACUCGACUGUAACCCCGAUGACGUGUGCGCAUGUAAAGGAAGUGACAUCACAAUUCCAUGGCAUAUCCCGUACACUGAUGAAAUAUUCACUGCAGACUGGUCGAAAGAAGAUGCGUCAGGUUCAUUGACUACUAUCUUCAGUCAAGACACAAGCGGAACGAUAACUGACUACACCGGUUCUAAGAGCGUACAUAACGGCAAUGGUAGUAUUACGUUAACGCCUGUAGAUGCUAGUGAUACAGGCAUAUACAGAUGUGCUGUAGCGUACAAUCUUAAUACACACAGCUCUGUUACAGGGACUGUAACUGUCUCAGUUUAUGAUGCACCAGCCGGUUUGAGUUACAGUCAAAUGACAUUGGGAUCAGCCACCACGUACAAGUGUACAGCAACUUACAAUGGCAACCCGGCGGCAUUACUUAAUGUAAAGGUAUAGUUACCACAGGACAGUACUCGUUACUUUUUGUGACUAAAUUGCAGACUCGGACAUAGGAUGAAAUAAAUGAAACUUGCGUGAUGAUGCAUAUGUAUUUUUGUCGAGAAAUAAUGAGGUUAUUUAAUGUCUCAUAAAAGUUUUAUAUGCGUUUUAUCAAUCUUAGUAUUAUUCACGGCCUAGGGCAUUGAUGAAUACAUGUCUUACUUAUUACAUGGUAGAUGAACAUUGAACAGAAAGAUCAUUUAGAAAGUACAUGUUGGUACAUUAUUGUUGUAUAAAAUACACAUUAAUUAGAGCGUAAAUUUGUUUCACUCGACAAAAAGGCAACAACAUACGUACAAAACAGGAAGAAUAGCAGCUUUCAAAAUAGUUACAAAACGUCUAGAAAAAGAGCCAUCAGUAUCGGAUCAAUCAGAUUCAAUGGUGAUCAAGAAUUAAAUGUCGAUUUGUCCAUACAUCCAUGCGCGUUUUAUCAUGUGUGUAACUUAUCAUUUUUUUUUUACAUUUCACCAAGUAAUGAUCAAUUAAUAAAUAGUAUAUCAACCACCCCGGUGUUCGACGUGUUGUUCUCCCCUUCCUUGUUUUUGUAUUUGUUGUAAUUUCACCAAAUAGUAUAUAAGAAACUGUAAACCCUGACCCAUAUUCAUACACAUGUGUACGUUGGAACGUACAUUGUUCAUACAUUUGCUUCUUACGACG